AGAAUCUUUGAGCACGAUCCCUGGUUAUUACCCCUGUACCCCCUGUUGAAAACUUAAAGGGUGGUUGGGCCACCCCGUUCCUGUCAGUUUCACCUUGGUAGCGUCGCCAUGCAAGAUUACGAUGUGGUGGUUUCGCUGCUCUUGCUGGGUGAAGCAGGCGUGGGCAAAAGCUGCAUCAUGCAGCGCUUUGCCCACGAGCCCUUCCGAGAAGGAUACGUCCCCACCAUUGGAAUGGAGUUUAUGGCCCCAUGCUUGCCAAAGUACAGGGCCAAGGUCCAGAUCCGGGAUACCGCGGGCAACAGGCGAUACCGAGUGGGCUUCGGGGCCUUUGGCGGCCUCUUCCGUGGAAGCCGUGGUGUGAUCCUCAUCUUCGACGUCAGUGACAGGGAGUCCUUCAACAAUCUCAGGCACUUCAUUCGGGAUGUGGAAGACAACUCCCGUAAGGGCGAGCCUUUGAUGCUGCUCAUCUUGGGCAACAAGGCCGACCGUGCAGCGUUCCGCGUCGUGUCUGCGGAGGAGGCGCUUGCCUUCGCCGAGUCAUGGAACUUGCGCUACCUGGAGACCAGCGCAAAGAACAACUGGAACAUUCAGGAGGCGUUUGAGUACAUGGUGGAGGAGGUGGUCUGGCGCCUGGGGGCUGCCGGCCACCGGUUUCAGCAGCUGCCAGGCCCGCGCACCUCGCGCAGGCGCUGCUGGUUGCUGGCCUGGCUGGCGUGGCUGAGCUCCCCGUGCCGCUGCUGAAUUCGGAAUUGUCCCAGCGCAGAGAGCGCGGCCCUUUCGCUUGUCGCGUCGUCUCGCCCGGCGAGCGCAAGAGCGCGGGUUGGGUGCCUCACCUGGCAAGCAUUUGUAAGCUUUCUUGGAGCGAAUCUGCGCAAGAUCUCUGUGCAGGAUGUGAGUUGGAGGAUGCUUGCAAGGUGUUUGCGCAGGGUCUUGUUAAAGGACCAUUUCAAUGCAAGAUGUGACUAGGAGAUGCAGGCUCCAAUCGCUGC